AUGGUCCAACCAACCACUAUUUGUGGUCAAAGUGCUCGCGUAUACCUAGAAUAUAACCAUGCUACCGAUAUUCCAGCGAGAGAGGCUGGAUGGACCCGGUUCGUAUGUCUCUCAGAUACUCACUCAGCAACACAUUGGGAUAACGGCGGUCGCAUGCCUCGAGGAGAUGUAUUACUACACGCUGGAGAUCUUAGCAGCUGGGGGACGGUUCAAAAGUUGAAAAAGACGGUAGACUGGUUAGGGAACUUGGAAGGAUAUGCGACGAAGAUAUUCAUAGGUGGUAAUCACGACUUGUGGCUUGAUAACCAAUGCGAAGAAAUGAAUCUGUUCGACGAAGAGGAGAGAGAAACAAUGCUGAAAACAUGUCAAAGGCUGAUGGCCAAACCCCGAUUGAAGCAACUGGGAUUGACAUAUUUAGAGUUCGAAGAGACAAGAAUACGUGAAUCAGGUAUUGCGAAGGAGUGGAGAGUUUUUGGUUCGCCGGCAUCACCCCGACACUCCAGUGGUGCAUUUCAAUACGGAACAAAGGAAGCUAGAGAAAUUAAUUCUAGGAUUCCAGCUGAUACGGAAAUACUCCUUACACAUACUCCGCCAUAUAAAACACUCGACAAAACGCGGAAAGGUAUAUAUGCAGGAUGUAAAAGUCUUGAGAAGCGUUUGAUUUCGGAAGACCUACGACAUUGUCGAUUACAUGUCUUUGGACACAUACAUGAGGCUGCAGGAGCAGAGAUUAUAGAAGCGGGACAAGGAAGGGUAGAAAGAGUUGCUGUUAAUGCUGCUAUGAUUCAUAGAGGGAAGCCCAUCGUAGUAGAUCUAAGGAAUUAG